UACUUGUACUUUCCUUUCCUUCGAUAUGGGCUCAGCACUUGCGACCGCACGGGGCCCGCGAGGGAAUCCCGGCAGCUGAUUGGAUAAUAGCGGUUUUGCCACGUCACAUGGGAUCCUUAUAACUAUAACUAUAACACAACACGCGAGCGAGAGUCACCGCUUCAAACCUGUAGAUCCGCCGAGGACUCCCAGAGGAGAGUAAUAUGUCCCUACAUAAAAACACAACAGACAGGCCGUCUGUGGAGAGUUCACAGGGCGGUGAAACCGUCACCACAGACAUAAAGAAGACUCACAGACUCUAUCCAUCACUGCCAAACAUGGACAGGUACGAGAUCCACUCCGUUGGAGAGAAGCUUCACACGGGAGCAGGUCAUCAUCCUCACAGCCUGCUGGGAGACACGCAGUCAGAAGCGUUGGCUGCCUGCUCUGAUGUCAGAAUGAAAGCACAGAUACUUAUCUUGGAGGAGCAAAGGCAAGAGCUUCUUUCUAUUAAUGAGAAAUGGUCUAAAGAGUACCGAACCAUGAAACAGUACUACAGAGAGAAGGUCCAAGAUUUAAAAGCACUACUGCAACACGAUUACAGUCACUUUGAAGAGGAGACGUGUGAGGAAGGAGAAAAGAACAUGACAUUAUAUAAGAAAGAUAAGGAGAGAACACGGACUGGAGACCGUGAUGUCAGCUCUGAGUUACUAAAAGCUCAGAAGGAGGCAAAAGAGCUGCAAGCGCAGAACAGCACUCUGGUCCGAAAAGGGCAGCAUCAACAAGAGGAGAUCAGACGACUGAACAAGGCUCUAGAGGAGGCACUGCAACCUCUGGACGUGAGCAAGGAAACACUACAGGAUCUCUGGAAACAUCAGGCUGAGGUCUACAAGGAAGACUUCUUGAAGGAGCGGAAGGACAGGGAGAAGCUAAAGGAGAAGUAUCUGGAACUAGAGAAGAAGUUUAGAAAAGUUUACAGUGAGCUGCGUGUCCUCAAACCUCAGGUGGAUCGGACUCAGCCACCAAAGCCUGCACUUGAAUGCACCUGCACAAAUCGAGCCAAAUCUCCAGACUGGGAGGUCCGUCCCCUUAACCAGCACCACGUGCAGUCACAAAGACGUUACACUCUUGAUAACAAAUUGUGAAAUUCGAACGACCUCCUCGUUAUUUGUGUGAUAAUGUACGUUGCACUUUAUGAAAAGUCUCAGGUCAGUGUUUAUCAUUAGCAGGGUGCGACUUUGCUAGUUUAUCGGGCAGGACCACAUCCCGUAUGUGAGCCCUGUUCUGUUUCAGCCCUCGGCCAACCGUCUGCUGAAGGUUCAGCUUCAGGUAGCUCUUGUUUUGGUCGUACAGAGGCCAUUCCACCAGCCCGUGCCUGUUAGGCGACCUACGUGGAGGAAGCAAACACACACACAAAAAAAAACAAAACACUUUUAACAGCCUGUGACAUAAAAACGAGAACCUCUGGUUUAAACACUUCCCAAGAGGAGAGAAGCAGCUAAGAGUGAAAUCAAAUACUCUACCCAUUGUGUGCAAAGUUCGCUAGGUAAGCCAUGGUGAGCUUGCUCAGCCCCUCCUCUUCUCGUGACACAGGUCCUUCGGGAAAUAUCAAUUAUUGCACAGCCCAAACACUAUUGACGUGGAUAAUGUUUAUGAAAAGGUACAAAAUGAACGAGGGGUCUUCCGGUUUCAAGUACCUGUAACCACGGUGUGCCUGGUACAAAAGGGAGAUCUAUCAUCACAGCGGUCUGCUUUGACAAAAGCGGGUCUCAUUCCAUUGUACAUACAUACACAGGCACACCUGCAUCUGUCAGGGGGAAGUAAAACUUAAGCCAUAUUGCGAAUGUAAGGGCUGUAAUUCUUACUUCUUAUAAAGCAUGUUCACCUCGGUGGUAUGCAGACACUUUAAAUAUGGGAAGAACAAGGACCAAGCAUCCCGUAUGUUCCCCGGAGAGUCAUUCUGUUGCAGGUGUUCAUUCAGUAUCAGUUCUAUUGCACCUGAGGCCUGCCAGAGAGGAAAUAUAAAGGGUUAUGGGGGCGAAGAGGAUAAAGUAUAUUGGAACAUUUAUUUUUACAGCAUAUUUAUUAAUGGUUGAUGUAAUUCUUUGGUACAUAUUCUUCCUGUUUCUUGUUUAUUUAUCAUAAAAAAUAAAGCAUUGCAUGUG